AUGAAGUCCACUUCCGCUCUUUUGGCUCUUGCUGCGUCGACAAGUGCCUCGCCGCUUGUCUCCAAGCGACAGGAUGUCUUGGAUAGCAAAGAGACACUCUGUAAGGGCUGGGACCUGAGAACUCCAGAAGGUGCCGAUGACCUCUGGGAAAAGACAGCUGCGGGUGUAUCUCUUGAGCUGUUCAUCAAGACUCAUUGGGAGCAUGAAAAGUCAUGGGUAAAGAACAUGGAAGGCCAAGUCCGGGGCGGCGCUUCAGGCAAAUCCGGCGCUGAUGGAUGCGCCGCCCUCGGCAACGACUGCGACCCCAUGGACGGCCUGAGCUGCGAAGACCAGUUUGACCGGUUCGGCACGACGCCCCUGGGUAAGAACUCGUACUGGAUCUUCCAGGCCGUCAAGGGUAUGCACGAAAAGUUCCGCGAGCUGGACCGCCAGUUCACUCAAGAGACGCUCAUCAGCGGGUUGAGGAUUCCUCAGAUGGUUCAGGACUUUGACGGGUCUGAGGAUAACCCGAGUCAGGUCCGGGGUUGGAUUGCUGCUGCUGCUACUAUUGGAAAUGCAGUUGGAGGUCUUGUGCCCGGUGUUGGCUCUGGAAUCUCUGCCGGCUUCGGUAUCUUGGCUGGCAUCUUCUCCGCCCUCUCCCUAACCGGCGACGAGGUCGACCAAGGCACCAUCUCAAGCGCCCUCGCCGACGCCUUUGAGGCAGCCACAACAUCCCUCGAAGAUACCCUCCGCAUCGCCACGGGUGGAGGCCGCAGCGAAGAGGAGUACAACUCCCUCCCAGCCCCCAAGUUUGACACGUUCGAGACCAAGAUUGCCAAGUUCUUCAACGGCGGUUGGUUCCUUGUCGAUGACGACGAAGAAGCAGUCCGCGUGACUAUCGAGUCCAUCACAAACAACAUUCAGAAAAAGGUAGCCAGCGAUGUCAUGAAGGCAGCCAGGUACCACCUCGUUGCUGACAAGCGUGACAAUGUGCGUACCCGUGAGGACUGUGGUUUCGCUUCUGGUCGACAGUGGCUUGAGCUCAAGGACGGAGAGGAAUACUGCUUUUACAUCAUGAAGAACAACCCGAACCCCAACCGCGAGAAUGAGUGGGUCGAGGCCGGCGCCGAUAUCUACGACAAGAUGGCUUCGUACGGACUUGGUGACCGGGAGCCAUUCUACCGCGCCAUCAUUGACUGCGGGCUUAACGGAGGAGACAGCAAGGAGAUCGAUCUGAGCAACUUGGCUUGGGGUCAGGUCCCAACGUGCUACUUUAACCUGCCGGCUGUGUUUAUCGAGAAGGACAAUGAGGUUGGAUGCGGAAGUCCUUUUGACAACGCCAAGUGCGACUACCUCAAGUCGACGCCUAUUUCAUAA